UCCCUGCUCCCAGGGCCCGGCCGUCCCGGGGGAGUCCGGCGGCGCCCCACCCGCCGGCGCGGCCCGCUCCCACGCCCCCGCCGUCGUCUGACCGACGCGGACACACUGAGGCAGGGGCGCAGGCGCUGCAGGAGCUAACAUGGACCCAAAUCCUCACGCAGCCCUGGAGCGCCAGCAGCUCCGCCUUCGGGAGCGGCAGAAAUUCUUUGAGGAUAUUUUACAGCCAGAAACAGAGUUCGUCUUCCCCCUGUCCCACCUGCAUCUUGAGUCACGGAGACCUCCCAUAGGUAGCAUCUCAUCCAUGGAAGUGAACGUGGACACACUGGAGCAGGUGGAACUUAUUGACCUUGGGGAUCAGGAUGGAGCAGAUGUCUUCUUGCCUUGUGAAGAUUCUCCACCAACCCCCCAGACGUCUGGAGUGGAUGACCAUCCGGAGGAACUGAACCUGUCAGUGUCCGCAUUUGACAGGACCACAUCGCGGAGCUCCUCCUCAUCCUCUGAUUCCUCCACCAAUCUGCACAGCCCAAAUCCGAGUGACGGCGGCGCAGACACACCCUUGGCACAGUCCGAUGGGGAGGACGAUGGGGGUGAUGGAGAGGCAGAGCCUGGGGUCUGCAGCUAG